UACAUUUACAAGGAAAGAACCAUGAAUCACAUAUUUCAUUCUAAUCACAAUUUUCUCUCUCCGACCGAUAAGAAACCAACGAGACAAGUCCUAUGUGGUUUCUUAGGAUCCACUCACUCAACUCGUGUUGCCUUGUUCCACUUCACCAAAACUUGUGACCCAUAUAACAAAAAAAAAGACCCUUUUUUCUGUGUAUUAUUUGUUUUCUUCCAUUUUCACAAUCCCCAACUUCACACUUCUUCCUUCAAUGGUUGUAACUUGCUUUUGGGUCUCUAUAUAAAGCUGAAAUUUGCUUCAUUUUUCAUCUGGGUAUUGUGAAUUGUGAUUGAUAAUACUUGCUGAAUGAUGUCUGUCACUAGUAAAAGUAUUGAUUUUUUUGGGAAAAACAACUUGGUUUCUUGUGGUUGUUCUUCCAAUGCUUCGUUUCAUAGGUAUAAGGUGAAGAAUUAUGCUAAGGUGAAUUCUAAAGGGUGUGGAAAUGGAGCUCGUAAAUUGGUUUGUUGUAAGAAGAGGAACACUCCUAAAUAUAGUGUUUCUUCUAUGGAGACUGCAGAGCCUACUUUGAAUGGUGGAGCUCAAGCAAUUAAAAAACUUGCAAAAGGAUUGAACUUGAAGACUUAUUCAGAAACCCCUAUUUCACCUAAUAGGUUGUUUGAAGUAGUAGCUGAUGAUCUUCAAACACUCAAUAAAAAUCUUCAAUCUAUUGUAGGCGCAGAAAAUCCAGUUUUAAUAUCUGCAGCUGAGCAGAUCUUUAGUGCUGGUGGGAAGAGGAUGAGACCAGCUCUCGUUUUCUUGGUGUCAAGGGCGACUGCAGAGCUACAUGGCCUCGAGGAUCUUACUGUAAAGCAUCGACGUUUAGCUGAGAUAAUUGAAAUGAUUCAUACUGCAAGUUUGAUACAUGAUGAUGUGUUAGAUGAGAGUGACCUAAGGAGAGGAAAGGAAACUGUUCAUCAAAUGUUUGGAACAAGAGUGGCAGUGCUGGCUGGAGAUUUCAUGUUUGCACAGUCAUCAUGGUAUCUCGCCAACCUUGAAAAUAUCGAAGUCAUUAAACUUAUCAGCCAGGUGAUUAAAGAUUUUGCCAGUGGAGAAAUAAAGCAGGCUUCUAGCUUGUUUGAUUGUGAUGUUCAACUCGACGAGUAUCUAAUCAAAAGUUAUUUUAAGACAGCAUCCUUGAUUGCUGCUAGUACAAAAGGAGCAGCGGUUUUCAGCGGUGCUGACAGCAGCAUGACCGAGAAAAUGUACGAAUACGGGAAGAAUCUCGGUCUAUCCUUCCAAGUUGUGGACGACAUAUUAGAUUUCACACAAUCACAAGAGCAACUUGGAAAGCCUGCCGGCACUGACCUCGCCAAAGGUAACCUGACUGCUCCUGUAAUAUUCGCAUUGGAGAAAGAACCGAAAUUGAGGGAUAUCAUUGAGUCUGAAUUUAGCGAGAUCGGUUCACUUGAUGAGGCGAUUGAGUUGGUCAAGAGUUGUGGCGGAAUCGAAAGAGCACAAGAGUUGGCAAAAGAGAAAGCCGAUCUUGCUAUUCAAAAUCUUCAAUGCCUUCCUCAAAGUGUGUAUCGAGUAGCUCUCGAGGAUAUGGUGAGAUAUAAUCUUCAAAGGAUUGCAUAAGCUUAUGCAUGAUGAAUAAACAUUAAGAAAACCAAGAAUAGUUGAUUAUUCUUUGGUCCUAAUAUAUGGAAGAUCGAGACCCUUGACUUUGAACUUAUGUCAUUUCAAGAUUUCUUCUCAGCAAAUCCAUCAAACACAUACCCCUUGGGCUACUUUUGGGGCACUAAUAUAGACAUUUAAGGAUCAAGUACAUGCAAAAUAAUAUAUUCCAUUAUUGUAUUUAUGAUUUUAUACAUGGAUCAUUAUAUUCUUUUUCCCAUUUUUAUUUUCUUGGAUUUGGUUGUAAGGAAAUGAAAAGUGAAAAAAAAUAAAUUUCUGUUUACUUU